AUGAGGGCGGGGCGGCCCAAGAUCGGCGACCAAGCGACCAGCGACGUGGUAGUGCGGCUACGAACGCCGGAGGACCGCGACGAAUGGCUCUACUGCCACUCCGCGGUGCUCGCCGCCGGCAGCACCUACUUUGCCGAUCGCCUCUCCGACGCCUGGCCGACGUGCCAGAUCCUCGGCUCGCGCUACUGCGUCGAGGUCUACUGCCAGGAGCUGGACCUGAGCUCCCAUGUUACCGCGCUCCGGCUCCUAUACGCCACCGAGCCCUGCUCCCAUUUCGGCGUCCGCGGCACGCUGGGCGUGCUCCAGGCCGCCGUGCACCUUGGAUGCGGGCAGAUCGCCGCCGCCUGCGCCGGCUACAUCGAGUCCGCCCCCUGGGACGAGGCCGACGAGGAGGAGAUUCUGAGGACCGUCCCCGGCCUCGGCCCGCAGUACGAGUGCAUCCUUGCGCGUCUCCGGCCAAUCGAUCCGGCUCCGGUGACGAGCAUAUUCCUUCCGGCGUUCCGGCACGCGACGAUCUCGUCGGCGGCUGGGCCUGCGCGGGAGCUCAAGUCUGCAGCUCAGGAGCAGCUGGAGUACAUGCUCACCGAAGAUGACGACGCCCCAUUGGUAGCCCUUGACAACGACACUGUGAAGUCUCAAGUGAAGGAUUGUGCCAAAGGUUUACUAAGUCAGUUCAGUGAUUUCAUGAGUUCUAUCCUGACAAAACAAAAGGAGGCGCCUCUUGAUGGUGACGACCAGGAGCUUCAGCAGGAGUUGCAGUCUUUUCUUUGUGAUAUCUCUUGGGUCUGUCAGGUCCUGAGCAAGCUCGAGAUGAUGAAGUGCAUUGUUGUCUACUGGGUUGGAGUGUCCUCUGAUGUUGUUGAAACUGUUGACGCAGUAUGCACUGGGUAUGAUUGUCUGAAGACCAGGCUGAAGGUGGUAGAGGUGUCUGCAAAAGUCCUGGAGGCUGUUGCAUUUGGCAAUGUCGUCCUUCCAGCUGAGAAGCGCCGCCAUGUGGUGAAUUUAUGGAUUCGAUUUGCAAGAAUGACAAAAUCUUUGGUUGAUCAGGCCUAUCCGGAUGAUGAUGGUGGUGAGGCUGAGACACCAAAGGAAAACCUGGACAAUGAGGUCUGGCAGGGCCUGGAGUCUGCAAUUAUUUCUAUUUUGCUGACACUGCCGUCAAAUAGUCAAGCUGAGAUUUUAUCAGAGUGGCUUCAGUCAAAACAUGUUAGAUAUCCUGACUUGACGGAGGCAUUUGAAGCCUGGUGUUAUAGAUCAAAGGUUGCUAAAAGAAGGCUCUCUUUCUUUUGCGACAUUGGCCAGUUAACAUUGUCUUUGAGAAAAGAGUCAACAGUCAAGGAUUGCGAUAUGUUCACUUACCAAAUGUUAAUCAUGAGUAGGUGGCAUGCAUCCAUAUGUGUGUCCUUUGCUCGUGAGGGUUAUGAGUCGUUGACUAUUGUUCAAGAAGACUGCUUUUGUGAUCAGUUACUAUUAAAUACCUUCCUCAUCAGCACCGGCGCCCAUGGCCUAAUGGAUAAGGCGUCUGACUUCUAA